AUGCCGCACAACGAAGCAUUCAGCGUGCUAGCGGAAGUGCGCGUUUCGAUUGAUAACCGCUACAAGCUGCGUUGUGCUGCUAUCGGUUGCCCUUUAUCGGAGCUGUUCAACGCUUAUCACCAGCUAUGCAUGUGGGUUCUUCAACGUGAUGUAGCCUGCAGCAACGAUCAACGCGCAUUCCAAUUCCACCGCUGCGUCCCCCUGAUACACCAUGAGCCUAUCGAUUCGUCUGCAGUUUCUGACGGGCGGUCGGAGGUGGUGGCGGUGGAUGGGACGACGACGGUGGCCGCGUUGUACGAUGAACAUGUGGCGGCGCACAUUAGCCCAGGACAGACCGGUCAGCUUCUCUACAUGGGCCGCGUCCUGGCGCCGCCCACGUCCCGUCUGGCCGAUCACGGCAUCCACGCCGACACCGUGGUAGGUUUCUCCGCCGCCCCCAACCCGCCGCCGACAGCGACCCCGGGGCGGUGGAUCCCAACUACGUGCCGCCGGGUCUCGGACACGGUCUGAUGGUCAUGGGGGGUUUCGCGUUGCUCGCCGGAUGGAUGUACUUGUUCUACGCCGGCGAGGAGAACGAGAAUGAUGAAUGGGAACUCAACGUCCCGGCCUGUCUGUGCCUGGCCAUACUGUCCGUGACCUUUCUGCUCAUUGGCAAAGCCGCGCGAAUAUUCUGAAUAAUGCGUACUUUGAGAUGCUGUAAAAUAUUUGUUUAAAUUGG